AUGCCCGUCCGCGACGCAGGCGGGAGCCGGGCCCGCGGCAGGGCGGUCACCCCGAGGGCGAGCCGUCCGCGGCAGGGCGGUCACCCCGAGGCGGCAGCCCGCACGGAGAGGCCCGGCGCCCCGAGCUGCGGCGCUCUGCGAUCCAACCCGUACCAGACCGACCUGCUUCGGGACGGCGUGCGGAGGUACCUGCAGCUGCCGGCAGACCAGACAGUACUGAUACUGCACGCCAAGGUCGCGCAGAAGUCAUACGGCAAUGAAAAAAGGUUUUUCUGCCCCCCACCUUGCGUCUACCUGAGCGGGCCGGGAUGGAAGUUAAAACAGGAGCAGAUAAAAGCCAGGGACCUGGGAGAGGAGGGGUUUCGGGUGUGCGGGUACAUGGGGCUGGACAGCAUGGGCAGCAGCCUGAUGGAGACCCAGAAGCUCAGCUUCGAGGAGCAGCCGGACGCGAAGGGCUUCGGCUGCGCCAAGGCGCUGUACAUCUCGGACGCGGACAAGCGCAAGCAUUUCCGCCUGGUCCUGAAGCUCUUCUUCAGCAACGGGCAGGAGAUCGGCACCUUCCACAGCAAGCUGAUCAAGGUCAUCUCCAAGCCCUCGCAGAAGAAGCAGUCGCUGAAGAACACGGACCUCUGCAUCUCCUCGGGCUCCAAAGUCUCCCUCUUCAACCGCCUGCGCUCCCAGACCGUCAGCACCCGCUACCUCUCUGUCGAGGGGGGAGCCUUCAUCGCCAGCGCCAGGCAGUGGGCAGCCUUCACCCUCCACCUGGCCGACGAGCGCUGCACCUGGAGCGAGUUCCCCCUGCAGGAAGGGUAUAUCCGCUACGGCUCCGUGGUCCAGCUCGUCUGCACGGCCACCGGCGUCACCCUGCCUCCCCUGAUCAUCCGGAAGGUGACGAAGCAGUACGCCAUGCUGGAUGUGGAUGAGCCCAUCUCCCAGCUCCACAAAUGCGCCUUCCAGUUCCAGGGCAGCGACCGCAUGUACCUGUGUCUCUCCACAGAGAAAGUGAUCCAGUUCCAGGCAUCUCCCUGCCCGAAGGAAGCCAACCGGGAGCUGCUGAACGACGGCUCCUGCUGGACCAUCAUCGGCACUGAGACAGUGGAGUACACCUUCAGUGAGAGCCUGGCCUGCGUCCGCGAGCCCGUCAGCCCCGUGCCACUCAUCACUGCCCUGCAGCUCACGGGCGGCGGGGACGUGGCCAUGCUGGAGGUGCAGGGGGAAUAUUUCCACGCACACCUCAAGGUCUGGUUCGGAGAUGUGGAAGCAGAGACGAUGUACAGGAGCCCCAAGUCCCUCAUGUGCGUCGUCCCUGACAUCUCUGCCUUCGGCAGUGACUGGAGGUGGCUGCGAUACCCCAUCACGGUCCCGCUCCUGCUGAUCAGGGACGAUGGCCUCAUCUACUCCAGCUCUUUCACGUUCACCUACACCCCAGAGCAGAGCUUCAUCCCAGGGCAGCAGGUCCUCUCGGAUGUCCCCCAGGACUCAGACAAAUUACUUGACAGCAUCCAUCAGGAGUUCACCAGGACCAACUUCCACCUCUUCAUGCAGAGCUAG